GCCGUGUGUCUGCUCUGAGCCUUCCCACCCAGGACUGUCUUUCUAAAGGGCAGAUGGAGAGUGGAGCUUUGCGUCCUGAUUCUGCUGUAAUCCACCCUGGUGGCCUUCAGAGGACUGCUCUGUGGGUCACUGGAGGCAGCCCCACCUUCCCAGUGGGAGCGGCAGCUGCUGGUAGCAGGGGGGCUGAGUCCAGCCAGGCCUCUGGAGGCUUCUCAGAGCUACAGGCCCACAUAGGAGCCAUGAGUGGCACCGAGAUGCCGCGCCAGUUCCCCAAGCUGAACAUCUCUGAGGUGGACGAGCAAGUCCGGCUCCUGGCCGAGAAGGUGUUCGCUAAAGUGCUCCGAGAAGAGGACAGCAAAGAUGCCCUGUCCCUCUUCACCGUCCCCGAGGACUGCCCCAUCGGCCAGAAGGAGGCCAAGGAGAGGGAGCUGCAGAAGGAGCUGGCGGAGCAGGAGUCGGUGGAGACCGUGAAAAGAAAGAAAAGUUUCAAGAUGAUUCGGUCCCAGUCCCUGUCUCUGCAAAUACCAACGCAGCCAGAUUGGAAGGGCCCCCCGACAACCACUCCAGCCAUGUCUCCUGCAACACCUGUGCUCCCUGGAGCCACUUGCCAGCUCGCGCCAGCACCUUUUGCCAUGCCCGAGUACCAGCGGGUAACCAUCAGCGGAGAUUACUGUGCCGGGAUCACCGUGGAGGACUAUGAGCAGGCCGCCAAGAGCCUGGCCAAGGCCCUGAUGAUCCGGGAGAAAUAUGCCCGGCUUGCCUAUCACCGUUUCCCACGGACCACAGCCCAGUACUUGGGUAAUUCACGGGUGGAUACAGCCUCUCCGGGGGAGGGCUUCCCAGAAUUCCACCCUCUCCCACUGCCCCAGGAAGACCCUUACCGUAUAGAUGAUGCUCCCCCCAACCUGGGCUACCUGGUCCGCAUGCAGGGGGGCAUCCUCUUCGUGUACGACGACGAGAAGAUGCUGGAGCGCCAGGAGCCCCACAGCCUGCCCUACCCCGACCUGGAGACCUACACGGUGGACAUGAGCCACAUCCUGGCCCUCAUCACAGAUGGCCCCACGAAAACAUACUGUCACCGGCGACUGAACUUUCUGGAAUCCAAGUUCAGCCUUCACGAGAUGUUAAAUGAGAUGUCUGAGUUCAAAGAGUUGAAGAGUAACCCCCACCGAGACUUCUAUAAUGUGAGAAAGGUGGACACGCACAUCCACGCGGCUGCCUGCAUGAAUCAGAAGCACUUGCUGCGCUUUAUCAAGCACACGUACCAGACGGAGCCGGACAGAAUCGUGGCCGAGAAGCAGGGCCAGAAGGUCACCCUGCGGCAGGUGUUCGACAGCCUGAACAUGGACCCUUACGACCUCACUGUGGAUUCGCUGGACGUCCACGCGGGCCGGCAGACAUUCCACCGCUUCGACAAGUUCAACUCUAAAUACAAUCCUGUGGGGGCCAGUGAGCUGCGUGACCUGUAUUUGAAAACGGAAAACUAUUUGGGAGGAGAGUACUUUGCUCGGAUGGUCAAGGAGGUGGCCCGGGAGCUGGAGGAGAGCAAGUACCAGUACUCAGAGCCGAGGCUCUCCAUCUACGGCCGCAGUCCCGAUGAGUGGCUCAACCUGGCCCACUGGUUCAUCCAGCACAAGGUCUACUCUCCUAACAUGCGCUGGAUCAUCCAGGUGCCCCGGAUCUAUGACAUAUUUAGGUCAAAGAGGCUGCUGCCAAGCUUUGGGAAGAUGCUGGAGAACAUCUUCCUGCCCCUUUUUGAGGCCACAAUCAACCCCCAAGAUCACCGAGAGCUUCACCUCUUCCUGAAAUAUGUGACAGGGUUCGACAGUGUGGAUGAUGAGUCCAAGCACAGCGACCACAUGUUCUCGGACAAGAGCCCCAACCCGGACAUCUGGACCAGUGAGCAGAACCCGCCCUACAGCUACUACCUGUACUACAUGUAUGCCAACAUCAUGGUGCUCAACAACCUCCGCAGGGAGCGAGGUCUGAGCACGUUCCUGUUCCGGCCUCACUGCGGCGAGGCUGGGUCCAUCACCCACCUGGUGUCUGCUUUCCUGACUGCCGACAACAUUUCCCACGGGCUGCUGCUCAAGAAGAGUCCGGUGUUGCAGUAUCUCUACUACCUGGCUCAGAUCCCCAUUGCCAUGUCUCCUCUUAGCAACAACAGUCUGUUCCUCGAAUACUCCAAAAACCCUCUGAGGGAAUUCCUGCACAAGGGACUGCAUGUUUCCCUCUCCACCGACGACCCCAUGCAGUUCCACUACACAAAGGAAGCACUUAUGGAAGAAUAUGCAAUUGCUGCCCAAGUGUGGAAGCUGAGCACGUGUGACCUGUGUGAGAUCGCCAGGAACAGCGUGCUGCAGAGCGGCCUCUCACAUCAGGAAAAGCAGAAGUUUCUGGGACAAAAUUAUUAUAAAGAAGGACCUGAAGGAAAUGAUAUUCGAAAGACAAACGUUGCUCAGAUCCGGAUGGCAUUCCGAUACGAGACCUUAUGCAAUGAGCUCAGCUUCCUGUCUGAUGCCAUGAAAUCAGAACAGAUCACAGCCCUGACCAAGUAGGUCGAGCACUGGACAUGCAUUUUAACUUUCUGGUUUAAUUUCACGCCUGCUGUGAUUAACGGUGGUCAAGAUACCACACUAGGACUUUCCUCCCGGGAGAGGAUGCCUCUGAAGAACCUUCAAACCUAGUGAUUUUGGUUGUACCGUUCACUUUAAGACCCGACAUGUCCACUUCUGUUAGUAUUUCUGAGUAAUAGGUGGUGACUGCUCCUUGGGGAUCUGGGAGAUAGACAGUUGUCUGUACUCAUUCCUAAUUUUCCAAAUCUUUCUCUUGAAACCGCUAGUGCUUGCACUGCUAGGGCCAGGAUCUUCCACGGAUCAAGUGGCUACUGACAUGGGGUCUGUGUGGUUUUCUGCCAGAGUCCGCUGUUGGCCGUACAGUCUUUGUGGUAGUUGUUCAUUUCGGCCUCUGGCUGCCUUAAACAAAAUCAAUUUCAAAGCUCCCUGUCAUAAGGAGCUACUUUGAGAGAAUUAAAAUAGAUAACUUCUGCUCUGGCCGGUGUGCUCAGUGGAGAGUGUCGGCCCCUGAACUGAAGGGUUGUGGGGUCGAUUCCGGUCAAGGGCAUGUACCUGGGUUGCAGGUUCCUUGCCCCAGUUGAGUGUGCAGGAGGCAACCAAUUGAUGUGGCUCUUUCACAUCAAUGUUUUUCUCUCUCUCUUCCUCCCCUCUUUUCUACUCUCUCUAAAAUCAAUGGGAAAAACAUAUCCUCGUGAGGAUUAACAAAACAACAAAAAACCUUUUUUUUCUCCAUUUUUGAUGAAUUUUUUAAAACUGUUUUAUUUAGCCCUCCUCCCUCCUUCCUAUUUAGGAAGCCAAAUGUGCACAUUGAAACAGUCCCUCCUAUUCGGUGUCUUGGUUUCCUCAUCUGAAAAGUGAGGGUUUGGAUUAGAUGAGAGGUUUUCAAAUGGAGGUCUUGAAUCCCCCUCCCAAUUUCCGGGUGGGAGAGGGCAGGGGAGUGAGGUUCUGGGUGUUACCUUUGCUUCUUCAAUGGGACUUCUACAUAUUUUUAUUUGAAGUACUUUGAAAAGCACCAGACUAGAUAAUCUCUGUUCCCUUUUGGCUCUAAUAUUCUAUGAAUGAUUGUAGCCCAAUUAUCAUUUUACUUAUGGAAAAUUAGGGCCAGAGAAGUGAGAUUUACUUAAGGUCACACAGCUAGUAAGUAAUAGGACUAGAACUAGGUUUCCCCACUCCUAAUCCAGCCCUUUCUCCACUAUUCCACAAGGCCUCACAAAAGUUCUAACUUUUAUCACUAUAACCCGGUGCAUUUUUUCUUUGUCCCUUACCUAACACACGGACUUUUUCCCAAAAUGUAAGUGGUCCCAGGGGACAGGUAGAAAGUAUUUUUUAAGACCAGUCUGAAUUUAAGCUUUACCAAUGUACUCUUCAUCUGUGUUACUAGUGCCUGGUACAUAGUAGGUGCUCAAUAAAUGUAUGUUGAAUAAAUGACUUUCUCUUUUGGCAACCUUUUAAGAAUAUGUGCUCUUAAUACACAAGCUGUUCAAGGACCUUCUUGUUUAUUUCUGUGAGCAAAUGCAGACUAUGGGAAGUCCUGAAUCAUGAGAUUGGAAGAAUCCUAUUUUUGCCUGUGAAAAUGCUUAUUUGACUUCAGAUUUUCUUGUCCUGUGACUUUAUUUUAUAAUGCAUGUCCCCCCCACUGGUCAACAGAACAAUAAGUGUAGUGUUUUCUUUUUAACUAGGCAAACAUAUAUGCUAUCUUAUCACUAAUCAAGAAAUUGAAUGAAAACCUGGCAUUAUUUUAGACAUUUAUUAUUUUUGAAAAUUUCCCAUUUGUAUACAUUUGCCUAUCAUUGCAAGCAUUGUACAGUUUUUCAUUGUUAUUUUAUCUGUAUCAAGUAUUUGUUUGUAAUUAUUAAAUAAAGUCUGUUAGGACUACGGCUCCAUAA